GUACUCCGUAUAAGGGAAAAUUUUCUUUUUCCUUUCCCAAUUCAAUUUCAAAGUGAGGCCCAAAAAAGUUAGAGCGGCCACCUUACGGCUUCCGCACUCUCCGCCGGCCUGUCCGGCCCAAAAACGUGACCGGAGUCACACCGGCGAAGAUUUCUAGCUACAGUUGUCUGAACUGGAGCUCUAACUUUCCAUUGUUUCUUUUUUUUUUGCUCAAACAUGCUCCAAAUUUGAAGUGUAAAUCAGCCAAAGUUCCAACUUUUCUUGUCCAACGGAGUCGUACUAUCCAGCGAUUUAAGUUUCUGCUUCAGAAUUUGCAAGGGCAGAAGAAAGCAUUGGUUUUUGUUAGGUGAUCUAACCUCUAGUAGAUGACGCUGAGGUUGUUUGCACCUUCAUCCUCUGUUAUCCAAAAAGUUUUUCAGUAACUCUUUGCCAAGAUGGCUACACCUAUCCGCAGCUCAAUUACGAGGAGACAGGCUGGAACUAUGAGACUCAUACUAACAACUUUUGUCGGGAUCGUAUUUGGAUUCUUCUUAGGCAUUUCCUUUCCUGCACUCUCAUUGACAAAAAUGAAUUUUUCAAGUCUCAUUGCUUCCACUAACCAUACUUAUGUUGAGGACAAGAACUCCGGUCUUUCAACUCAAACACUGUUAAACGUCUUGUCUUUCCUGAAGGGUAGUAGAGGUGACUCACCAAAAGACAUAAGGCCAAAGAUUUGGGUUCCAACAAACCCUAGAGGAGCUGAGAGGUUACCCCCAGGGAUUGUUAAUGCUGAGUCUGAUUUUUACCUUCGAAGACUAUGGGGCUUACCUAGUGAGGACUUGAUCAUCAAGCCGAGAUAUCUUGUUACAUUCACGGUUGGAUAUGCUCAGAAAAGUAACAUUGAUGCUGCAGUGAAGAAGUUCUCAGGAAACUUUACCAUCAUGCUGUUUCACUAUGAUGGUCGGACGAGUGAAUGGGAUGAAUUUGAGUGGUCAAAGCAGGCUAUCCAUGUCAGUGCAUUGAAGCAAACUAAAUGGUGGUAUGCGAAACGCUUUUUGCAUCCUGACAUUGUAGCACCUUAUGACUACAUAUUUAUAUGGGAUGAGGACUUGGGGCUUGAGAAUUUCAAUGCAGAGGAGUAUAUAAAAUUGGUGAGGAAACAUGGGCUAGAAAUUUCACAGCCUGGUCUAGCACCAGAGAGUGGGCUAACUUGGCAGAUGACAAGGAGGCGGGAUGACACUGAAGUUCACAAAGAAACAGAGGAAAGACCUGGUUGGUGCGCUGAUCCACAUCUCCCACCAUGUGCGGCGUUUGUCGAGAUCAUGGCACCUGUAUUUUCUAGGGAUGCAUGGCGCUGUGUAUGGCAUAUGAUACAGAACGAUCUGGUUCAUGGAUGGGGUCUUGAUUUUGCUCUUAGAAAGUGUGUUGAGCCUGCUCAUGAAAAGAUUGGAGUUGUAGAUGCUCAGUGGAUUGUGCACCAAACUGUUCCCUCUCUCGGGAACCAGGGUCAAGCAGAGAAUGGCAAGGCGCCCUGGGAAGGGGUAAGGGAGAGGUGCAGAAGGGAAUGGACAAUGUUUCAGGAUCGAGUGGCAGCCGCCGAGAAAGCCUAUUUUGAGGCAUUGGGAAUCAACCCAUACAACUCUACUUCUACCUGAAUGGAUCCCAAAAGAUGACACUCUAUAGAGGUGAGAAACUCCUUAAUGGCUAGAUUAUUAGUAGCUGUGGUGGGGUUCUCUGCAUAUGUUUGAAGUGAAGAGCCAAUAGCCACACACUGUAAGAUUAUACCCAAUUUUGAUGGGUGUGGAUUGGAUGAUGCUCUUCAGGCUUGUGUGAUGAAUGAUGUAGGCUUUCCAAUGCUAUGCUCAUUACACACCUACUUCACCUUGUAUUGUAAUGUUUUUUUUUUGCAUGAAUUUACUAUGUAGGGUGCCUCCAUAUUAAGUGUAUG